CCCGGCCCCGCGGCUGGGCGCGGCUGUGGCGAGAGGGGCCGGCGGUGGUGAGUGCGGCUCUCCUCCGCGUCUCGGCACACGCCGCAGCCCUUCGACGGAAGCCCGGCAGUACCGUCGUAGGCCAUGGAGAGUCAGGAACUGCCUUAUGUGCUCAUUGACUGUAUAGGAGGGAAGCAUGGAGUAUAUGAAGACCACAUUGAAUUUCUGGAGAAACAUUUUCAUCUCAUCAGCAUGAAAGAAUAUCUUGAAAACAAGAAAUCUCUCAGUGAAAAGAUCAGAGCUAUUUAUAUAUGGUAUCACAAACCAGUUAUUAAUGAAGAGCUGCUCCAGAGCUUGCCUAACUUGAAAAUAGUUGCAAGCUCUGGAGUGGGAAUAGAUCACUUGGACCUGCGCCUCCUGUCCAGCUAUGGUGUGAAGGUGGCCAACACUCCAUUUGCUGUUUCCACUGACACUGCAGACUUUGGGAUGGCUUUGAUGCUGGCAUCUUCCAGGAGACUUGUGGAAGGCUAUCAGAUGGCAGUCUCCCCUGACACAGAGUAUUUCCCUGCAGACUGGCUGGGGGCUGAGGUUUCUGGGGCAACCCUGGGAAUUGUGGGGAUGGGAACCAUCGGCUACAAAGUGGCCCAGAGAGCCAAAGCCUUUGAGAUGAAGAUUUUAUACCACAACAGGAAUCAGAGAAAUAAGGAAGAUGAAAGUGCCGUUGGAGCUGUUUACUGUAAGAAGAUAGAUGAUUUGCUCCAGCAGUCAGAUUUUGUGUUGCUGGCUGUGACCCUGACUCCACAGACACACAAACUGAUUGGGAAGAAAGAGCUGGAGCUGAUGAAACCCACAGCUACUCUGAUAAACAUCAGCAGAGGCCUGGUUGUGGAUCAGGAUGCUUUGGUGGAAGCCCUUCAAAAGAAAAUUAUUAAGGCAGCCGCUUUGGAUGUGACAUAUCCUGAACCUUUGCCAAGGGAUCACCCCUUGUUAAAGCUGAAGAAUAUUAUAAUAACUCCUCACAUUGGAAGCGCCACCAAAAAGACACGCCGCCUAAUGAUGGAAAACAUGACAGAGAGCAUAAAAGCAGGUCUUACAGGUCUUCCUAUCCCUAAUGAAGUGUUACUAUAAAGCAGCCUGCAUUUAAUGUUAUUGUCAUUAGUGAUUAUCCUGGUGUGAUGAAACAGUAAUUUGACCACUCUUCAUGCAAUUAUCACUGGUGUGUAUAUACAGAUCAGGUGUGUAGUUGUCCUGGUUUCAUCUGGGAUAAUUUUGUUCCUAGUAGCCAGUGCAGUGCUGUGUUCUAGCUUCAGUCUGAGAACAAUGCCGAUAACACACCAAUGUUUUAGUUGUGCUCUGUAGCACUUACUUACUCUGAUCAUGACUUUUCAGUCUCUCAUGCUCUGCCAGUGCGGAGGGGCACAAAAAGCCAGGAGGGACCAGAGACAAGACACGUGACGCAAACUAGCCAAAGGGGUAUUCCAUACCACAGCAUGUCAUGGUCAGGAUAUAAACUGUGGGGAGUUACCUGGAAGGGACUGAUGACUGCUCAGGCUGGGCUGAGUAUCAGUCUGCAGUUGAUGAGCAAUUGCAUUGUGCAUUAGUUGUGUUUAUUGGGGUUUUUCCUUUCCUAUUUUAGUUUUAAUUCUCCUUGUUAUUUCCCUCAGCAUUAGUAUUAGUACUAUU